UAAGACUUAUCUAUAACUUAUCUCAGUUCCAACUUGGACAUAGUGUAACAGAAUUAUGGAAAUUAAACGUAUUUUCAGCAUUUGUGUAUUUUUUUCUUCCAUAUAUGGCGUAUUGAGUGUUGACUGUACAGGUAGAAAGGAUGGAGUUUAUGAAAGAGGAUGUAGAGCAUUCACCAAAUGUGUCAAUGAAACAGCAGAAAUUGUCAACUGCAAAAAUAAUACAAGAUUUAAUCCUGACAAAAAUGAAUGCGAUUAUGAAUUUCAUGUACCACCACCAUGCGGAACAUACAGAGAAUGUGUUCAUCUGGCAGAUGGAAACUACCCGGAUACAGAACAUAUGUGCACUUCUUUUUACACAUGUCUAAGUGGAAUAUUUCUAGGUCACACACCCUGCGCACCAGGACUGGUAUUUAACCAAGGGCUCCAGGUCUGUGACUGGCCCUUUAAUGUUACAAAGCCAUGUGGAGUAUUAUAAUUAUGACUUGCCAUGUGACUAAGCGUUCUGUUUCCUCCUACCUCACUUUCUUUUUGUCUGACGCUUUGUUCAUCCUACCUCAUAGUCAUCGGAAAAUGCAAUAAAGCAAAAACAAUUGCUCAGGGAACCUCACACAUCUUUUAACUUUUACGCAACUAAUUUAAUGAAAUAAAGAUAUUUUGUUGUG